UUGUUGCAGUAGGAAUGCAUUAGCAAAUGGACACUUCCGGUAAGUAAAAACAAAACAACCAGGCUCUCAUCAUUUAAUAGUAAAUGGUAUGUAUGUAGCUGGCAUUAUUGUGAAGACCACAUAAUGUUAUUCAAACGUAUUUAAGCAAUGGUAGCCAAACUCUACUAGCACUACACGGGAUUAGCGAUCCUGAUAUUUGUCCAGGAAGCUCUACACUAUUUUUAGCUAAACAGCUAAUGCUAGCAGCUAAGGGCAGUCACGCGACGAAAUAAAACUAAAUGUUAGCAUGUGGUUAUCGCUUUAGGAUCAUUAUCUGACGCCGGAAAAGAUACGUCUAGGGAGAUCAUAAAUCAUACCAGUGGGACAUCGAUGACACAGCUGCCUGGAGCGAUUUAUACCAACGCUACAUCACGGAUACAAACACAUCUGCUCACCAUUAACUUGAAGUUAGCCGAUACAGGCAGACACAAUCUUUGAGCUAAUUUUAAUUAAGAUGUAACAAUGGGCAGUGGUGUUUGCCGACCAGUUUAGCUGCUCUGCCCGGGGUCAUGUAUGUCCGGAAGUAUCCAUUGUUCGAUAGCUCACUACCCGCUGUGUAGCGGCUCAAAGCUGGGUUCUUGUCAGUGAGCCGUCAGUUUAUGUACAUGAAAAAUGCCUGGGAUGGUGGUGUUCGGUCGGCGCUGGGGAAUCGCCAGUGACGACCUUGUUUUCCCCGGAUCCUUUGAACUGUUCGUCCGGGUACUUUGGUGGAUAGGCACCCUUAUCCUGUACACUUAUCAUAAGGGUCAUUUUGACUGCAACGGGGGAGGAGUUCUUCACAGCUACCUGGUUGGACUUUUGACGGUGUUGGGUCUUAUCAUCCUGUCACUAUGUGCUAUUGUCUACGUCAGCGCCCAAGGUACCAUCACAAACCCUGGCCCUCGGCGCUCUAUUGCCGCGUUGGUGUAUGUGCGAGCUCUACUCUACAUCCCUGAGUUGGUCUGGGCCUGUCUGGGAGCUGUUUGGGUGUCUGAUGACAGUAAAGGCUGUGACCCUGCCACAGUGGGGGCGGUCAUCGCAGCAGUGGUUGCUAGCUGGAUCAUCCUGCUUUUCACGUUACUGGGCGUGGUUUUUGUGUUUGACCCACUGGGUAACCCUCGGCCUCAGCCCCCCACCAUGGAGCCACUGGGUGUUCGAGACCUGGAGAGCAGUGAAGGCACCCAGUUCCUGUCCACAGCUCGCUCCCUGGCUGUCAAGGUGUGGGAGAGCAGGUUGCGACUCCUGUGCUGCUGUCUACCACAGGAUGAAAGCCAUCGAGCAGCAUUUUCCAGCAUUGCACAGCUUGUCAGCGGAUUCUUUUCUGACACAGAUCUGGUUCCCAGUGAUAUAGCAGCUGGUUUAGCUCUGCUGCACCAGGAACAGGAUAAGAUGGAGCAAAGCAGAGAUCCAGAUGUCAUUGCCACUCAUAGCCCAUCCUCCCCAAUUGGGGAGGAUCUGGAGAUAGAGCUGGAGAAAGCAGCUCACUGUAUGCGGUUUGCUGCAGCAGCUUAUGGAUGGCCGAUGUACAUUUAUUCUAACCCCCUAACUGGACCCUGCAAACUCAGUGGAGAAUGCUGUAGAAGUCGUGCAGCUGAGUAUGACAUUGUGGGAGGGGACCACCUUGGCUGUCACUUCUCCUCCAUCCUGCACAGCACUGGUCUGCAAUAUCGAGAUUUCAUCUACGUCAGCUUCCACAACCAGAUCUAUGAGAUCCCAUUCUUUGUGGCUCUGGAUCAUAAGAGAGAGGCUGUUCUGGUGGCUGUCAGAGGAACACUGUCACUAAGGGACGUCCUCACAGAUCUGUCGGCUGAAUGUGAAAAUCUGCCCAUAGAAGGAGUGUCUGGAGCCUGUUAUGCACACAAGGGAAUGUGUCAGGCUGCAGGUUAUAUCUACAAGAAGCUGGUAAACGAUGGCAUCUUGAACCAGGCUUUCUCCAUUGCACCGGAGUACAAACUGGUCAUCACUGGGCAUAGUCUGGGUGCAGGCACUGCUUCACUGUUGGCAAUUCUCUUGCGCAAUUCCUUCCCUACCCUGCAGUGCUACUCAUUCUCUCCACCAGGGGGCCUCCUGAGUAAAGCCUUAGCUGAUUACUCCAAGGACUUUGUUGUCUCUGUUGUUUUGGGAAAAGACCUCGUUCCAAGGUUAAGCAUUCCUAACAUGGAGGAUCUAAAAAGACGAAUACUUAAAAUAGUUUCAAACUGCAAUAAACCUAAGUACCGCAUCCUGCUGCAGGGAUGCUGGUACGAGCUCUUCGGGGGAGACCCAGAUGACUUCCCUACUGAGAUGGACAACAGGAGAGAAGAGGAGCUGAGCCAGCCGCUCCUUGGGGAGGAGUCACUGAUAAUUCGCCACUCAUCGUCCUAUCAGAGCCUGGCAUCGGAUGACUCACCUGCCCACACGGCUGCCCACUUACCUCUCUUCUUGCCUGGACGCAUCCUGCACAUCACAGAGGACGGCCCAUCACGGAGAUCCUGUUUUUCCCAGGUCAGAUACCGAGCAGAGUGGUCCAGUGAAAUGGCAUUCAGGAGUGUUCUGAUCAGCCCCCGGAUGCUUGCAGAUCACAUGCCUGAUGCUGUGCUCAAAGCACUCUGUAGCCUCACCAGUGACAGGCCCUUCUCCCUCUGCCCCUCAUCUAUAUCCAACAACCAGCACAAUACCAUCUGAUACGUACAACAGAAACUUUCUACUUACCGUAUGUCUGUGCUCCCUGGCUCCAUCAUAAGCCCACUACUUGCUUGUGCGUAAGCCGUGUGACAUACUCAAACCCGUGAUCCCAGCUUCUUUGUUCAUAUAUACAUGCUGGCUACAGGCUUGAUCCUAAAAUCCCAUCAGAAACAUGUGGAAACUUGAUUGUAAUCAUGAAAUGAGAUUAACUUGUUGGGUUUCAUGAAUGAACCUGACUUGUUGGAGGGAAACACGUUGGAGCACAAAGACUUUUAUUUUUUGUUAAAUUGCACUUUGAAUCAUUUAAUUUAAAUAAUUAGUUGAAUUUAGCAUUUUGAGUAACUUCAUGCCACGAUUACAGAAUGUGCGUUGUGUACAAUAUUUGACAGUGCUGCAGUUUAACUGUAAAGUCAGUGUUUUACAUUUAGUGUCUGUGUGAGUGCUGUUUCGUGGGUAGAAGGUCACUGAACGUGUCCUAAGUCUUCCUCCCGUGAUCCAGGGUGUGAGGACAGGAGGGAGCCUCUACCUCACAGUGUGGAUUGUGAUGUGUUCAUUGCAUAGUAACUGGUCUGUUUUGUGUUCAUGUCUUGCAACAUCAGGGUGAACAGUGCCUAUGCAUUACAGAAAAACAAGUCAGCAGAAUUGUUUAAACAGAAAACAGACAUGAGCGCUGUGUAUUUACAGUAAGUUCUGCAUUUUCCUUGAUGCAGUUUGAUUAGUGCAUGGCGAAAAAUGGUUGAUGUAAGAGAUAAAAAGAUUGUACCUAGACAUUUUGUGGGAACUUGUUUACUUGCCAUCAUUUUUUUCAGGAAAUAUACAUUAUAAUUUGAAUCUACUGAUGCCUGCAUAAUAAUUUCUCUCCCUACAGUGGAUUGUAUUGGCCUCCUUGAUGCAAAUAAAAGCAUUUGUGAAACA